AUGGCUCGCGAGCUCUCAAAGCGAUACCUGAAGUUCAAUUUGAGGCAGCUCAUUGACAUUGCCGUCAAUGUCAGCAAUGGCGCUCGGCACUGCACCAAGAUCAUCAAAUGUUUAGAGGGCCUACAUAACAAGGCAUUUCUAUUGAUGAUGGACAAUGGAGCUGAAGUCGUGGCCAAGCUCCCGAACCCUAAUGCAGGACCAGCCCAAUACACCACCGCCUCAGAAGUAGCCACACGCCAGCUGUUACGUGACUACUUCAACAUCCCAACUCCACGGAUCCUCGCAUGGUCUUCAGAUGCAGCUAGCACUCCUGUUGAGGCGAAGUAUAUCAUUGAGGAGAAGGCCGCUGGUGUGCGACUGGGCUCUGUCUGGAGCCAAUGGCCACGAAGGACAAAGCUCAAGUUGAUCGAGCAAGUAGUAGAUCUAGAGAAUAAGCUGACCACAACGACCUUUCCUAAGCAUGGUUGUAUCUAUUUUAAGGAGGAUCUCCGUUCACUCACUGGACGGGUGGAAAAGCCGAAUGAUGACUCAAGUGCCGACGAAGUGCUACAGCGCUUUGCCAUAGGCCCCCUCACUUCGCCCGCGCUGUGGAAUGGCACUAGAGGUGACAUGGAGUUAGACCGUGGGCCGUGGCAUAAUUCAUCUGAGUACACACAGGCAUUGGGUCGUAAUGAGACAGUAUGGAUCAAGAAGCAUGCGCGCCCGCGGAUGAAUUAUUAUAGAUCUGCAUCGGAUCCCGAGCUUCCAAUGGACGGCCUUCACCUUCUCGACCAGUACAUGAAAGUCGCUCCGUUCCAGGUCCCUUCCUCCACUGAUGGGGCUGCCAGCUCUAACGUCCUCUGGCAUCCCGACCUUCACCUGGACAAUGUAUUUGUGGACCCGCUUACGCACACCAUUACCGAUAUUAUAGACUGGCAGUCAGCAUGCGUGGCUCCUCUGUUCUAUCAGUCUUAUGUCCCAAGGAUGUUCCGACAUCCUGGACCUGUCCAAGAAGGCUGGGCUGUCCCCGAACGCCCCGAGAACUUUGACACCCUCAGUGCGGAGGAACAGGAUAAGCUAGCUAGUGAUCAUGAGAGCCAGAUCAUUCAUAAAUACUACGAAGCGCUGGUCUACAAGCGCGCCCCGCGACACUGGGCUGUCCUUGAGCAGAAAACGAUUCCGAUCAUCCGAAAACCCGCCUGGCUGGUGACUGGAGUGUGGGAGAAUAGAGACCUGUUCUUUUUGCGCCAAUCGCUCCUUUUGCUGGUCAACCUCUGGGAGGAUCUGUUCGCGGACGGCCCAACACCUUGUCCGAUCACGUUCACACAGAAGGAGAUCGAGCUUCACGCGGAAGAGGAAACCAAUAUGGAUGGCAUUGGACAGGUUCUUACUUUGUUUCGAGAUCAGGGGGUGCUUCCCGUCGAUGGCGUGGUCGAUCCCAAGGACUAUGAAACCGCCGUGGAAGAUAGUCGCAAAUUCAAGCAAGUCUUUCUGGGAACGGCUGAGAAUGACAAGGAGAGGGCGUUGUACUCCAAGCUUUGGCCUUAUCAAGACCCCGAAGACUCAGUAGUCUAAUGCCCAGGGAUGGGGAUUCGAAUCCACGUGCUGGGAAAUUAUC